AUGAGCGUCUGAUUGUUUGUUUACAAGAUCAACACGUGUCGAAAAUAUAAUAAUUGACACAACUUUAUGUGAUUUGCAUUUAUUGUUUAGAAGCGGCGUUGAAUACAUUAAAAGAUCCGAUACAUGUAGUACAAAAUAGAUCUUCUAUAUGAACAAAAUCCGUACGAAGGCAAUACAGCCGCAUAAAACGGUCACUGAAAAUACAAGUUGAGCAGAUUCGUGUUACCAAUGGCAUUUCGCUUAAAUAUUUUCCUUUCAAUUAGUGUGGCAAUUAUUGUUGAACAUUUUGUUGUGCACUGUGUUGACAAAAUACAAGUUGAAGAUGAUAAUGGUCCAGACAUUCAAGAAUCUAGCAGAAAAACAGAGGAUGACCGCAUUGAAGGAAAGAUUCAAGGCAGCAUUUCUGAUUUCCAGAGAUACUUGAGGUUAUUUGAACAUAACCGUGCCAUACAAGUUGAUGCAGUUAAAUCAAUUCUCCAGUCAAAAAUAAAGGUAGAAGCGAAGUAUAAAGUUGUCGAGGCUAUGUUAACAAAGGUGAUACAGAUCAUUGGUGAAGCAAAAAACAAUUUGACAGGUUGGGGGUUUGUUCCUGGUGACGACUGGCCAACAGAUGAAAAUGUGAAAGAGUCUGUUUCCAAAGUGCUUGAGAACACAGCCCUGUUUGCGGACAUCUUACUGCACCUGCCUGACAUGACCCACCAACUGUACGACACCAACAAGCAGUGGGAGUUCCUGAUUGGCUGGGCCACAUGGUUUGCCAUGGAGUCUCGCGCGUUCACCGGACCCCAUGAGAAACUGCUCAAUCUGAUGGCUCAAGAAAUUGGUUUGAUACCAAAGGAAGACAAUUAUUUCAAUCCAUACAAAGCAGUGGAAAUGGAAAGAUAUCAGGAUGAGAGCACAAUUGAUGUAGCCAUGGAAGAGAAAUUGAAACACCUCAAGAAGACAAAGAAACUGAAAGAAAAGUCCAAAGAGGUGAAAGACAAACGCAAAGGUCCAAGAUUGUCAGGCACUUCUCACACUGAGUUGUGACAGUGUGAAAAACUAUAUUUUGUGUAGUUCUGAGAGAAUCAAAAUACUUGCAAUUUAAGCUUUAACGAACAGAAUGCAUGAGGAAUUCCAUAUUUAGUGCCUGCUUACCAACUAAAUGUGUGAGUAGGUAAACUGACCGCCAUCAUAUGGCUAUGAGAGUGUUGAAGAGGAUAAAAUAUAAAGAACAUCCAAAACGCUCAUUUUGAUUUCAUUGAUGCAUUUCAGAUUAAUUUAGAUUAAGCCAUUUAUAAAACUGAAACUUAUCAUAACAAACAAUAAUAGAUGGGCAAAACAGUUUCUUAAUUCUCAGUGAUCCACACAUUUCUAAAAAAAAUUUCCCAUAAAUGUAUCUGACAUAGCGCUGCAGGGGUUUUAGUUAUGUCUGUGACAUGCGUGUAGUUUUUAGCGUGCUCAUGGGGAGCUUUUGUGAAAACCUUUUGUCUGUUGUGGCUCAUCAACAUUUAUCUUGAUAACACUUUAGAGGCCACAUUUAUUGUCCAAUUCAUCAACUUGGUCAAAACAUUAGUUCUAAUGAUAUCUUGGAUGAGUUCAAAAAUGAUUUGAGUCUGUUGAAAAACGUGGCCGCCAGGGGGGGGGGGGGGCACUUUUCUUAUACAUCUAUAGUAAAACCUUGUUAACACUUUAAAAGUCACAUUUUUAGUCCAAUCUUCAUGAAAUUUAGUCAGAACAUGUGUCCCAAUUAUAUUAUUGACUAGUUCAAAAAUGGUAUCCGUUGAUUGAAAAACAUGGCCACUAGGGGGUGGGUCAGUUUUCCAAAUAUGGCUAUAUUAAAACCUUUUUAAUACUAGAAGUCACAUUUAUUGUCAAAUCUUCAUGAAACUUUGUCAGAACUUUUGUUUUUAAUAAUAUUUUGGAUGAGUUAGUAAGUGGUUCCGGUUCGUUGAAAAACAUGGCUGCCUGGGGGGGGGCAUUUUUCCUUAUAUGGCUAUAAUA